UCUAAAAUUCUCCCAAUCAUCUGCCCAGUAAUUAUUUGAUUAUAAAUAUGGUUGGGAUUAAUUAAUGGCUGGUAUAUGAUUAACUUGUUAAAUUGUAGGAAAAAUUUAAUGACAAAUUUACUAUUGAAAAAUUAUUAUAUAAAAAUAAAAGUACUAAACGUAGCAUCAUCGGUUCCAUGGUCUAGUGGUCAGGACAUUGGACUCUGAAUCCAGUAACCCGAGUUCAAGUCUCGGUGGAACCUAUCUUUUUUCAUAUUUAUUUUAAUUUGGGUUCUUUCGUUGUGACCGUAAUAGACAAUGCUAUUGCGCUUCAGCCAAGUUCUAUGGCCAAUUCCACCUCAAAAUCAAAUACAAAUACUCAAAUCUUUAACCUACUUUCUUGUUUACUACAACUGUACUUUGAGUUUUAUUGUCGAAAGCUCUAGCUUUUCUCUUUUACUUUCGCGUGAAAAUGGAUCAAGAAAGGGCUCGGAAGAUUGAGGAGACAGUGGUGGACAUACUGAGAAAUACGAGUUUGGAAGAGAUGACUGAGUAUAAAGUCCGAGUCGCGGCCUCGGAGCGUCUCGGAAUCGAUUUAUCUGGGGCGGAGUAUAAGAAGUUGGUGAGGAUUGCGGUCGAGACUUUUCUGGUCUCGGCGGCGGAGCAAGAAGAACAGGAGAAGGAGAAAGAGAAGAGUAACUGCAAGGAGGUUACUGAGAGGGGUGAUCGCUUUAUCUGUAAGCUUUCAGAGAAAAGGAGUGUAGCGGUUCAUGAUUUCAAAGGCAAAACUUUUGUGUCAAUCAGGGAAUUCUUUAAUAAAGAUGGAAAGCAGCUUCCUUCUAAUAAAGGAAUUAGCCUGCCAGCUGACCAAUGGUCUACCUUCAAGAAUAAUGUACCUGCAAUCGAAGAAACUAUUAGGAAACUGGAGUCAAAAUCAAGAUCUGAACUUGUUGAUAAAAAAACUGAAGAAGACAUGAGUAAAUCAAAAGCUGGUGAUAAAAAAACUGAAGAAGACUUGAGUAAAUCAAAAACUGUUGAUAAAAAAAAUAAAGAAGACAUAAGUAAGUCAACAACUGAUGAAAAAAACGCUGAAGAAGACAUGAGUAAUUCAACAACUGAUAUUCAGCCUCGUGAACUUCCAAUAAAAGUUGUCCGCUUGGAUGGGAAGAACUAUUUGCUUUGGGCACAACAGAUGGAACUGUUGUUAAAGCAAUUGAAGAUUGAAUAUGUCCUCUCUGAACCAGGUCCAAGUGUUGCUCUAAGCCCAGAAGCAAGUGCUGAAGAAAUUAGUCGAACAAAAGCUGCUGAACAGAAAUGGAUGAAUGAUGACUACCUGUGUGUUCACAACAUCUUUAGUUCUCUAUCCGAUAACCUGUUUAAUCUAUACUCAAAGAAGACUAUGACAGCCAAAGAACUGUGGCAAGAGUUAAGGCUACUUCAUCUAUGUGAGGAAUAUCAAACAGAAAGAUCUCAAGUUAAAAAGUAUAUUGAAUUUAAGAUGGUAGAGGAUAGAUCUAUCUUGGAACAAGUUCAUGAAAUUAAUAGAAUAGCUGAUUCAAUUGUUGCUGCUGGUAUGACUGUUGAGGAGAAAUUUCAUGUUAGCGUGAUCAUCUCCAAGCUUCCUCCAUCUUGGAAGGACAUUAGUGUGAAGCUGAUGUGUGAGGAGUAUCUGCCUUUUUGGAUGUUGAUGAAUCGUUUGGGUGUUGAAGAAGAUUUACGAAACCAGCACAAGCGAAAAUCGCCCACUCCGGCAAGCUACGGUCUACCUGACAGAAAUGUGCAAAUGAUGAGACACCCAAAACCAUACAAUUUGCAUCCAAAGAAGCGAAAUUUGGAGAAAGAUAACAAAUUUUGUCACAAUUGCGGUAAAAAGGGGCAUCUUUUACAAAAUUGUUACAAUAAGACAUGGAGGCGUGAUAAGGAGUUCAUUGAGAAGAAAAACGAGAAUAAUGGAUCUUUGUCUGCCAAUACAGAGGUCAACAUGGUUAAUGGGACAGCAACUACCUAAUUAUCUAUAGACUAAGUUAUGUUUUUCUUUACUGUGAAGUAGAGGCAAAAUGCUAUUUCAAUUAGUGCCUCUGCCUUACUAAUUAUUGAUUUGCCCUUGUGCAGAAUUUCUAACUCAUUUUUUACCUCGUUAUGAUUCUUUCAAACUGUCUCAACAACUCAAGUCUCUUUCUCUCUCUUUCACUUUAAAUCCCUAAAAUCCAGGUUACUAAUGGACGGGUAUUAGCAAUUCAUGCAUAUACAUUACUAAUAACCUAUUUUCUUGUAUAUCUUAAAUGGGAUCUUUAUCAGGUGUUGUGAGUUGGGGAUCAUGAGAACCUUGCUUCUGAUGAAUAGGAAGUUGAAAAUGAUGACUUCAAUGCUACUGGGGCUCCUCUUCUUCCACACUCUCUUCUAAGAGCCUCUGGUUAGUUCUUAUAACUUACUCAGCCAGUUGCGGUUAUGAAACUCCUGCCUUCCGAGCUGAAACACAACGAAAAUCCAAUUUUCUUUAAGCCAUUUGCAACUAAUGCAAAGGUGGAUGCUCUUGCAAGGCUUCUGAAAAAACGAGUGCAUUAGAUUGGAAUAAACCAGAUCACAACGUGAUAUCUCAUGUGUAGGAGCGAUUGUACUGAUGGAAGAAGAACUCUUUGCGCAAUGGAAGAAGACUAACAACGUUUGGUGAUGCUAGUUAUUAGUUAAUACUAAAAUAUUGUACUUAGUUGCAAUUGUCCUUAGUUAAUUAUCUAAAAUGUCUAUAAUUAACUGUUCAUUGAAUAAUAUACAUCUCUUCUUGUAAUAUAUAGGGAGUGUAUUGAAUAAUGAAAGAAAUUGUAGGGAGUGCAAAAUUCAUGAAA